AUGAAGUUCACCACCACUCUCGCUCUCCUCUCCACCCUCGCUCUCACCAAUGCCCGCGUCCUCUAUGUCCGCCAAGCCAACGCGCAGACCUUCGCAGGCGCGCUCGGCGGCGUCGAAGCCACGCCCGUUCUCGACUCGGGCAAUGCGGACCGUCCGUUUGACGUGGCCGGCGAUACGUUCGUUAACAUCGGUGCUGCGCUGCAGAGAUCGUGCGAUCAGCAGUUCAAUGGGUGUGCGAAUCUGGCCAAUGGUGGAGCUGCGGAUUUCUCUACUUCGGAUUGCCAGGCACAGAAGGACGAAUGCUCGGCUGCGAGUGCUGGCGCGGCUGCGCGCAGGUACAGGCUCAGGAAGUAG